AUGUGUUGAUAUCAGGGCGGGCUUACGCUGCGACGCACAGUGUGGUCGGUCGGUAUAAACUCGAUUGUGUGCGCAUCAUCAUCUCCGCUCCAGCCCCAGCAUCUCUCUCCUCCGUCCAUCCACAAAAGACUCUCCUGUCCUGCCUGUCAUCGCCUGUCCUGCCUAUCUCUCCAGCCUUCAUAAUGACCUUCUAAUUGAAUAGUGUGUGUUCUUGUUGUUGUUUUUGUCCACUGUGGCUGCGCUUAUUGCUGCUGACGUGAAGGGAAACGGAUAGGCUACCUGUGCUGCAUUGGCAUCACCGCAGUGUUUUGGGUGACAGCACGUCCAUACAUUUGGGUGUUUUGUGCCUGUGACAUCUACCAUGGCAAAAACAGUCACAUCAUCCAGUGCAAUAACAGGUGUAAAGAUGGCACCACCGUCCAUCACUUUACUUCCUGACAAGAGAUCUCCGACAAAUGGUCACAGCUCUCCAGCCCGAGCUGGAAAAACUACUCCAUCUAACACAGAGAAGAAGCCACAAAUAAAUGGACACGCAUCCCCUUCACACUUAGCAGCUAACAUCAAUAACAACCAUGCAGGUAAACAAAAUGUGGAGGGUUAUAUGAAGACGGACGACAGGAUGCGAUUAGCCAAAGAGAGACGUGAGGAGAGGGAGAAAAGCCUUGCGGCCCGAGAGCAGCUGAUCAGGGAGAAGGAGCGCAGAGCUCGGCUGCAGUACGAACGCACAGUGGAGGAACGCUGGAGGCGGCUGGAGGAGCAGAGGCAGAAAGAGGAGCUCCGCAGAAAUGCAGUGGGGGAGAAGAGGAGGCACCAGCUCGAGGAGGACAGGGAGCGACUUGAGGCCCUGAUGAAACGCUCUCUGGAGCGAAGCCUUCAGCUGGAGCAGAGGACCAAACGCUGGAGCAGAGGCUGCUCUACAGGACCAGGUGACAGUGAGAAUGUCCCACUCCCUUUCUCUGCUGCCUCCGCCUUUUCCCAUGGCAUUGCCUCCCCCCUUCCUGCUGUCAGCGAAUCUGCGCCCUGCAGCCCUCACAGGUCACCUUUCCGUGGCUCGCUGAAUCCUGCGGAUCACAACAGAUCUGGACUUCAGGGUGGCUCUCAGUCCACUCCCAAUACCCCUAAGAAAGAGCGGCUGCGCAGGGAGAGAAGAACUGCAUCCCCAGGUUGUGGAUCCCCUGUGAGAAGAUCGGAAUCCCCUGCAAGUGUCACAAGGCACUUGGCUUCCCCUACUACCUCUAAGCUGGCAUCUAAGAUGCGUGCCCAGUCUCCCAGCAAUGCACAUCAGUACCAUAACUCUCCUACAAGACAUCGUCCAAACCUGUCACCUGAUGAGAGGAAAGCAGAAGACAAGAAGGUGGAGAAACCCAGUGAACAAUCCAAAGCAGAGAAAAAGAAUACUGACAUCAACAGCACAAAUCCAUCUUCACAAGAUGAGAAGAAUGUGGUCAACACUGAAAGCAUUAAACUCAGAUCUUCUAAAGGUGAAACCUUGGAUAGGCAUUUCAAAGGUGACACAUCUGAAAAAAACCAGUCCCCUGACAGAAAGGACCACGUGUCCCCCAAAGUGGAUUCCUCAGAGAAGAAGACGCAGAGCAACGCUCAGGAUGGAGACAAGAAAAAAGAAUCAGCACCAUGCUCGUCCACAGGGAAGGUAGCAGCUGGCACAACGAAUGCAGAGGAGGCUACCAGGUUGCUGGCAGAGCGUAGGCGUCAGGCUCGGGCUCAGAAAGAAGUGGAAGAGAAAAAGCGUGAACAAGAGGAAGAAGAACGACUAAGGAAAGAGCAGCUGAGGAAGCAACUCGCACAGGAGCAGCGACAGCAGGAGGCAAAGGCUCAGCAAGUGAAGCAAAAUGGGAAAAAUGAGGAAGAUCUUCACAGGUUGAAACAAGAAGAAGACAAACAAAAGAAGGAGGAGCAGGAGCUACAGACCCAGAUGAACAAAGAGAGAGAAAAAGUCCAAGUCAAGGCUCAGGUCGACACAGCGCGUCAGCGGCAAGACAGAGAACUGCAGAAGCAACAAGAAGAAGAGGAGAGGCAACUGAGGAAAAAGAGAAUUGAAGAGAUCAUGAAGAGAACUAGGAAGGGUGAAGCUGACUUGAAGAAGGAGGAGCAGGUGGAGACGAAGCCCGUCUCACCACCAGGUGAAGUAAAGACUGUUCACACUAAUGAUCAGGUGAACGAGCAAGCAAUCCAAAAGGUUGAGUUUCAGGUUAAAGAGCAGGUCUCAGUCAACAUGAAGGAAUGUGCCGUGGUGAAGAAAGAAGCAGCAGGAGCACAGAUUGACAAUCAGAAGAGUUUGCAAGUGAAAAACAACACUUAUCAAGUGACAACAACACGCAGUGUUCCUGACAAGAGGCCGGACACCAAACGCACCACUGAAGAGCAUGGCGGCCAUCUUACCAGAGAGGGCAAAGCCUGUAUCCUCAAGCAACAGGGAAGAGAGGUGGAAAUUAAUGUAAACAAGCAGCACAGUGCACAUGUUAAAGACCAAAUAAAUAAAGAGCUGACAAAGCCAACAGCAGAUGCCAAAGUCAACCAAAGGGAAGGUGGUAUGAUGAAUGGAGCAGUAAAGGGUGAAGUAAGCGCCUUGAAGAGAAGCCAUCUAAUUGCUGAGGUAAACAAACAACAGAGCCUGCAUGUGUUGGCAGCUGCUAAAGGAGGGUCCCAGAUGGAGGUCAUUAGACCCUCGGUGGCACCCCUGCCAUUGGGACACCUUUCACCGCCAAUCAUCAAGCUGGCGCCACUAGAUGUGAAGGGUACAGGGUCUUGUGAUGAGGUGCAGUCCAUGGAGGUCAGCCCGGCUUCAAAGGAGGAACUGAUUUCCAUCCCAGAGUUCUCGCCAGUCAACGAAAUCCAGCACAGCAGUGUGAGUAACAGCCGUGCUCUUGAAGACCUGAUGGACCUGACAGGCAGCGUCACCUACCCCAAACUGUCCUCUGGGGGCAACAAAGGCGACUGCAACAAGAACCUCAUUGAGGGUGUUGUUAGUCCCAUGUCAGACUCAAAACUCAUUGGGAUGUCGCCUCCAUCCUCAAAUAAACUUAGCAUCCAGUAGUCCAUUAAUCUCUCUUUUUCUUCCUCUCUCGCUUGCCUUUUCUCUUUUCCCUCUCUCUGUUACACACACACACACACACACUCACGGGAUGUCACAUCUUUGAGUGUGUGCCCCCGUGUCACUACAUUUAUGGGAAUCGAGCCAUAGAGAUUGACUUAAAAAAAACUGUAAACCAUGACUUGCAAUAUAAAGAGAACACAUAUUAUAUUCUAAUCAAAUAGCAACUGACCAUUGAAAGUAGGCCUCUGUGUCAAAUACUCUAUCUACCAUGUCUGUGUGCGCAAGAUGAGCACGUGAAAGAGGAUCAGGGAGAGGUUUGUCUGGAUGCGCGAAAUAAUGACCAAAAUCAGGGUUUUAAAUAUUAUAGACAUUUAGAAAACAUACUAUUACUAAUGUAUGGUAAUUUUCCCUGCAUAGAUUCCUCACUGGGGUCCCAAUUCUGUCCCAGUAGUACAAGAGUAACAACAAAGCCUUCUCAGAGCAUUGAUGACUGCAUUUAUACCUCUGUCUUUCCACAUGCCCUCUUAAGCCUUUAAAUCUAAUUCAGUGUGUUGCUGGAAAAGGCAUGACUAUUUAAUUUUCCUGAUAGCCUAAUUUAAUAAUAUUUAAAAAAUGUUCAUCCCAUGUUAUUCAUGCAUGUGUUGAUUAUUGAUUCGGCUUGAAUUUAAUGGAUUUAUCUGGCAAACUAAACCAAGCAGGGCUCCUUUACUCUUCCUAUCCCAGCGUGGUCGGACCAUGGGAUUGUUAACAUUUUAUAUUUAAUUGCAAUGAGAUGAUUCCCUUUAUGUUUUUUAAAUCUUUAACUGGGACUUUCUAACUGCACGUUUAGUGAAGAGGAUGAUUCCAAAGCUGUCAUCUUGAAUGUUAUCCCACAUUGAGAAAAUCAUGGCAUCAACGCAAAUGAUGGCACAGACCUAUACUACAUGUUUUUUGCAGACUAGAGUUAAUUGCUAACUUGAACUCUACUGCGAUUAUACAGUAAUUUCAUUAAUAAAUCUGAUUUAACUGGCAAGACGCUCAUAUUUUUAAUGAUUCCAUUGAUGAGAUGGAUUUCCCGUGAUGAAAAUAGUGACAGCUGAGCAGCUUCAUGUCGUUUAAAAGGUUUUCUGUAGGUGUGCCUUAUAUGUAAAGGGUUUCCAAGGCACAGCGCUAAUAGCUGCAUUAAUCUUUUUGACAUACAGUAACGUAAAUAGAUUCUAAUCAAUAGGUAUCUGGCUGUUGAUGUGUAAGACUGAAUUGCACUGAGGCAGGAAUGUCUGCUUAACAAUCAACUUGUGAGUGUGCCCUGUAAGAUUCUGUUUUUCUUCUUCCAUAAUGUUGUACAGUGUGGUCCUGUGUAGGAAUUAUCCAGUGGGCUCCGUUAACUUCUUGAGCAAUUUAUGAAAUGAUAAUUGCAAUGUUUCAUUUUCUGUCUCUAAAUGUGAUUUCAGUAGAAAUGCCUUAUGAAUAGUCAGCGAAUUUCUGUGCAAAUCAUUUUACGGUCUUCUGGCUGUGUAACUUUUCUGUUUGCCCACUGGGGUUGUUGCGUGUGACCUGUAAUACUUGAACCUUGGUUUCAAACGCUUCAUCUCUGUCAUGCUGCAAAAAACAACUAUGCCAACAGCUUAUAUACAUUAUUAUGCCAUUUAUAAAGUGACAUUUAGAUUAUUGUUCUGCGGACAAUACAUAGCCUGAAAAGACAAAGGCUUUUUUAAUUGUCUUAUGUGAAGUAGCCAUAUAUGUACGUAACAUACAGUAUUUGAAAGUUAGGAUUUGAUGUAGGCCUAUAGUUUGCAUAUUCAAACAUUGCAGUUCCACAUUGACUAAAAUGACAUUCUUUUGCAAAGAAGAUUGAAACAACAAAUGAGUGUAAAGAAGUUAUACAGUAUAUACAAUGACUUAAAAAAAGUAUUCAAGUUUGCUAAUACCCAUAUUUCAAAACAAAUCACAGUCAGCUCAAUUCUUUAAGUUAUGUAAUUACUGUAGACAUUGUGCAUGGUUAGCAUGAUCAUAACAUUGUUAUCUGAAACAAUAAAAUCUACAACUGGGAA